AUGACUCCUGCCUCUCGUCUUAUUGAUCUUGCUAUGAAGCGCGCCAUGAAUGAUCCAGCUCUUGAAUGUCCGAUCGAAGAUAUCAUUAAAGAUGACCAAGAACUCAUUGACCUUGUCGAUAAAGCAAACGAUGGAGACAUUGGAUGCAUGUAUCAUGUCGCGAAUGCUCAACACUGGUACAUGCAAGUUUGCUUGGUUCGCAAAGAAGAGCAAUACAAGCAAUGCAUCAAUACCCUGAAACGCAUGAAACAAGAAAAUGCAAAGAAGCGCAUGGAGUUCGCCUUGCCGGCGAGCAAGAGACAGCGCAAGUAA